CUAUGAUAAAUUUAGGAUAUAGAAAAUAGAAAUAAACUCAUAAUUAUGUUAAUUCUUGCAAACUGCGAAGUGGCGUGACCUGUAAAACAAUGCUAAACAAAUUAUAGAAUUGAAUAUUCUUAAAGGACAAUACAAUGUCUACAACUGCUACACUGAACUCUGUUCGGAGUUUUUUGGCUUCAAAUCACAUGUUAGCUGAUGAAGAUUGGAUAACAGGAUGUGUAACUUAUUUCAUGGAAGAGAGCGGCUGCACAGACAUAAUACAGAUCCAGAAUGAGGCAAAGGAACAAUGGUUGUUAAACAAUUUGACCGACAUAUGCCCCGGAUCACUGCCCGCAAACCUCAGCUCGUUGCAGAAGACAUCUCUGAAUGGACGAUAUGUGUUACAGAUCAAUGCUGCUUGCGAUAUUGGUACACCAGCUUAUCAACAGUAUUUGAAACUACAAAAAGUUAAUACAGAAAACAUUGAUGCCACUACAACAUAUGAUGAGAAAAUACCAAGUCAUAGGAUGAUAAAGUUGUAUAUGACAGAUGGCAUGCAGGAAGUUAGCGGCAUUGAGUACAGGCCAAUGAGGAACUUACGCCUUGAUGUUACACCGGGAUGCAAAGUUUUAAUAAAAGGUCCAGUGGAAUGCCGCCGCGGAAUGCUCCUCUUGACAGAGAGCUCAAUCGAACUCCUCGGCGGUGAGGUGAAUGACCUGAGCGGCAAUACGCAGGCGUACCUCGUUUCUGCGAAGUUGGGCUUACCGAUGACGCCAGAAAUGAACUUAGAUUCAACAUUUAACCACGUAAGGAACACGAAUAUACCAACUCCGCACACCCAAAUGCCACCUACUGUCAGUGAGACAGUGAUGGAGCCAACAUUUGAACAAACCAGGCCAAACUCUCGAGUAACCGCACCAGUAUCAAACUUUGCUGACGACGAAAUAGAUUUUGACGAACUAAGUGCUAUUGAAGCUCAGUAUAGCGACAGUCGUGUAAAACGUCCAUUAGAUGAGGGUUCACAUAAACCGGAGAAGAAAUUGAAAAUGGACUCUAUUACUAAUACAAAUACGUUUCAUUUUCCUGAUGAUAACAAUUUUGAAUCGAAACCUCCAACUGCAAAUACUGUAGAUGAUUAUCCAGACGAUGUUGACAUCAGUUUCGAAGACGAGGAAUAUCUGCGAGAAAUGGAAGCAAAUUUUGAUGCGAGGGAAAAUGGACUUAGUUCUGACAAUCAAAAAGACCAAAUUCCUAUGUCAUCGGAACCAUAUGUAUAUAUAAAACAGAUUCAAGAUUUAAGUGAACAGAGUAAAGUCGGUAGAGUUUUUAAAGUCAAAGGGCAGAUUUUGAAGUUGUUGUCAAAGUUGUUGGUCAGUAAAGAAGCUUGGACUUUGAAGUGCACUAUUGUAGAUGGUACAGGUUGUUUAGAUGUUGACUUUACUAGCGACGUGCUCUCGAAAUUAGUCGGGUUUACCCCCCAGGAAAUGAUUCAGUUGAGGAAACAAAUCGGUAGCAAACCAGAGGUUAAAGCGAAGGUUGAGUCGGCUCUGCAGAAGGCGAAAAAUACGCUGCAAGAGCUUUAUUGCAUAAUAGAGUUAACUAUGCUGGAGACGCCAAAAAUAACCAAGUUAACUCCGUUCGAAGACUUCCACGUUGAAUUACUGAGAACGAGACUGCAGGCCAGUGGCUUAUAGCGUACGUGACAAAUAUGGAAGCAGCGCAUAGUGGACUUUAAUACUUUCAUAAAACAAAAACUAAUUUUACAACGAAUAAUUGUUAAGUCUUGGACAGUCAACAUCUUCU